AUGGGGAAGCGAAAUUGCAAAUCGAAGUACAGAUCUGAGACGCCGGAUCCACUAGAUAUUACAUCGCCGAGAUCUCGCGAGCUACCAUAUGGUUCGAUUCAAGCUCGUCGUGACUCCGAUGUUCAGGAUACUAACCAAACUCGAGCGAUGUUCCCCAAACGUUCUCCACAUCACAUCGAGGUAUCCAAUUCACCUGAUAAUGUUCAUAACGGAACUAAUUAUGGAACCUGGAUUGUGGCUAUGACUACGAGUAUAGAGGCUAAGAACAAACUCGGUUUCAUUGACGGCUCUAUUGUUAAACCUGAUGAAGAUGAUCCAUAUUGCAAAAUCUGGUCUAGAUGUAAUAGCAUGGUCAAGUCCUGGUUGCUGAAUAGUGUUACUCCGAAGAUCUACACAAGUAUCCUCUACACCAAAACAGCUUCGGAUAUUUGGAAAGAUCUACACACACGAUUUCACAAGUCAAAUUUGCCAAGACUUUACAAACUUCGCCAUCGGAUUCACUCUCUACGUCAGGGCAGUAUGACUCUCUCCUCCUAUCACACACAGACUCAGUCUUUAUGGGCAGAAUUGAGCAGUCUCCAAGCUACAGCUCACUCUGUUGAAGCUUUGAUUGCUGAAAGAGAAACUAAUCGUGUCAUAGAUUUUCUGAUGGGCCUCAAUGAUAACUAUGAUACGGUUAGGAGUCAGAUUCCGAUGAAGAAAACUCUGCCUACUAUGUCUGAAGUUUAUAAUCUGCUUGAUCAAGAGGAUAGUCAGAAGUCAGCUCGUCUUCCUUCUCAUACUAGUGUUGAUCCGACUGCUUUUCAGGUAUCCAACACUCAAGUUCAGUUUAAUGUUGUUACUUUAGGACAAGGUCAACAAUAUGGUGGUGACUCAGUGAAUCAGAGGAAAGACAAACCUGUUUGUACCUUCUGUGGUAGAUCUGGACAUAUUGCUGAGCGAUGUUACAAAAGAGUUGGUUAUCCAGCUCACUUCAAGUUGAAGCAUAAAGGAUCCGUCCUUGCUUUGGCUAAUGUGGCUAUCGGUGAAACUUCAGAAACUCUCAGUGCUUCAUCUGAUGAUCUAACUCCAACACAGAUUCAACAGCUUAUGUCAUACCUUAGCACCAAGCUUCAGUCUUCAAGCACCAUCACCAAACCUGAAGUUCACUCUGUCUUAGUUUCCAAACCUUUUUCUUCAACAGUUUUCCCCAUUUCCGGUAAGUUUGAUCCCUCUAUCCUAUGUUCUUUUUCCGGAAAUGUUAGGCCUUAUGCAUGUUCUGUUAAUAGCAACGCUAUUGCUAUUAAUGCUUGGGUUGUGGAUUCUUGA